CUCACUACUAUAUAUCUCCUUCCUCCGGUGUCCUGCUGAGCAGCCUGGAAAAACACAAUGACAGAGAUCAAAGAAUCCCGCAAAACAGACCAUACUUUCACUUCCGCGGGUCGAAUCCGACAAUUGAACGAAAUAGACAAGGAUGUGGCCAAGCUAAUUCACUCCGCGGGGCUUGCAAUUCAAGCCCUCACCAAUGCCCGGUCGGGCGAGUCACCCGUCGACAGCUCGCUUGAAUCCCACCAAGCCCGCUUCAAGGAGGCUACGUCACAGUAUUUCGCGCUGCUAUCGUCUAUUGAUGUUCGACUUCGUCGUCAGGUGUAUGCUCUAGAGGAAGCUUCGAUCCUGGCACCGGAGACAGCUUCGCGGGCGGGGGAUCUUCCUGGUGCGGGCGGGGCAGCAGCGGGCGCGUCGAACCCCCUCGAUGUUAGUUGGCUCAACAGUAGGAAGGAUACCGUGGGCAAGGAUAAGGAGGCGGAGUUAUGGGCUGCUGCGAGGGAAUUUGUGGAGCGGAUCAGCAAUCCGGCGUCUACAGGCUCGGCCACAAAGGCAGAAAAUGAUCAAGAGAAGAUGGAGGUUGACUAGUCACCUUGGCAUUGGAUGAUUUAUGACGGAGAUGGAACAGCGCGGCAUGGCAUGAUCUGCAAAUUGUGAACAUGGUGAUUGAAUGCACCGCCGAAGUUCUAUACAAAUUGCUUUCUUGGUUGGGGUCUUGUGCUUUGUCUUGACUAGGAACAGAGCGAACAGUCUGUUUAUGAUACCCAAAUUAC